CAGACGAUAAAACGCGAUGCAUGGCGUGAUUCUCUCUUCUACACAUUUCGUAAGGUUGUCGCUGAUAACUUCUUGUUUAUGUUGCCUUUUCAACCGAUAAGCAGGUCUUCUCUUAUAUAUCUGAAAUCAUAUAAUAUUCAUUCACAAAUCGUAUGAGGCAUUGAACGACUGCGAGCAGUUUGGUGUGUUCACGCGAAAUUCGAUGAAGUGCAACCAAGACAUGAUCCUGCCUAGCCUGGAUUCGUGUAGAAGGAGCAGAUCUACGGACACGAUAGAAACUAUGCCGAGUUUCGAUCGCAGUCCGUCGUAUCUUCAAAAUUGCAACCAGAUCUUCAUCAAAGGACCUGCUCUCACCAGGGAGAUCCUCGAGAAGAUGAACGAAGACUUGGUGCCCAAGCAGACUGUCAUAUUUGGAUAUGAACUGAACACUAAGAAGUUUUUAUAUGCAGCGGGUCUAUGCCUUUUCACACUGCUCAGUUUCUACGGCUUCCUGGUAAUGUGGUUCACAGACGUAUUCGAUAACUACGCAUUAUCUGUAAGUAUUUCCUAUAAUUGUACGCAUGAAAACAGACGGAUGACCUGAAUAAAUAUUGAAUCACACUUUUACACUAUAUUUACGCAUUUGGAUAUAUAGGGUAAUUUCAAAAGCGACGAUAUUUCUAGAGCAUCUAAAAAUAGCAUAGCAUAAAGUUUCUGAUACCACAUACUUUUAAAUAUCUCCUUGACGAGUGUCAUUAGAAAAAAUAGAAUUUCAUCAACUUGAUUUUUUGGCAACGAGGUAGUCUUACAUCAAGAAUGAAACGAUAGCAUUCUU